AUGUCUUUGCUUGACUCGCUGAUAAGUAUAGUCUGGACCAUUCUCACCUUUUCUUGGAUCCGCCGUCGCGCAGCUCUUCUUGCUGCGGUCGAGGACCUGAAAAAGGCUUCGAAGGCAGCUGAAACAUAUGAGCAAUGGCACAAUCUUCAAGCGGAGAUCGAUCGCCUUCUCGGUCUUGACUUGUGGCGGCGAAGAAACGACAGCAAGUACUAUGAUUGGUUCAAGAUUUCUCAGCAGAAGCGAGAGAUUGAACGAUGUCAGGUCAAUGGGGACAUCCUGAAACUCUGCGGGCUGCUCAGAAUGCACCCAGUGCGGAAUCUCUACGACAUACUAUCGCCUAGGCUGUAUACAAAGGCACAUGCUGGCACGAAGCUUCUCAUCGAGGACUACAUCCGCCAGGUACAGCGAUGUAUCAGUGAUCUGGCAGCGAUUUCAGGUACUCAGGCUGGUUUCAAUUCUCAGACGAAAAUGGAGCUUUUUCACGACACAAGCCAUGCAUUUGGAAGGUCAACUCUUGUCUUACAAGGUGGUUCUGCCUUCAGCAUGUGCCAUCUUGGUGUUGUCAAGGCACUGCACCUUAGAGGCUUGUUGCCAAGAAUCAUUACAGGAACAGCUACAGGAGCACUUGUGGCAGCGUUGGUCGGUGUGCAUACAGAUGAUGAGCUUCUCGAGGUCCUUGCUGGUAGGGCCAUUGAUUUAAGCUCUUUCCAGAGGGCUCGACUGCGAAGGAGAAAGCUUGCAGAUGAUGCUCCAGCAGGAACGAAAUGGUUCCAAGCAGUUCGUAGGAGGGGUGCAAGAUUUCUUCGGACGGGCCAUAUCUUCAAUAUACGCGUCCUGCAAGAGUGUGCUCAAGACAAUCUUGGGGAUAUCACUUUCGAGGAAGCAUUUUCCAAGACUGGACGAAUCCUCAACGUCACGGUGGCUCUGCCCGAUGAAGUAGGUAUACCUCAAUUGUUGAAUUACAUCACCGCCCCACAUGUCCUCAUCUGGUCAGCCGUCGUAGCCUCUACAGCAACUUCCAAAACCCUCUAUGCACCAGUCCAGCUGUACUGCAAAAACGAGAUCGGCUCCACUGAGCCUUACGCCGCCACCGACCACGAUGGGAGCCCAUUGAAGCAAAGAACAGGUUCAACCCGAGGUAGAGCUGAACUUCAGGAAGCACCGCUGAAACGAAUCGGCGAGCUCUUCAACGUCAACCACUUCAUCGUAUCUCAAACCCGUCCCUACAUCGCACCAUUCGUCCGUGCCGAGCAAAACUAUGCCGGUCACUCCACCUUCCUCAACACCUUGAUUCGCCUGUGGUCCGGGGAAGUUUUUCAUAUGCUGAAUCAGCUCAAUUCAAUCGGCUGGUUGCCCACACCACUUUGCAGACUUUUGAUGGACGAGACAAUCCCGAGCAACAGUCGAUGGGCAAAGAUUAGCCUUACGCCGGAUCUGACAUUUAAAGAUCUGCUUGCACUCUUCGACACGCCUACCGAACAUCUACUGGAUGAGUGGAUUAUGCGAGGCGAGAGAAGCGUUUGGCCGGCUGUUCCCGAAUUAAGAGUGAGAUGUGGUAUUGAAUUCGAACUGGAGAGAGCGUAUGAGAGUGUUAGGAGAAGAAGCCCCGAGCAGUUGGGUGUUGAUUUCGGUGGAUAG